CUCUAGUGGUGGCGAUAUAGGCAGCGCACGUGUUGUUGUUGCAGGAGUCCGGGAGAAGUUAUAGUAUGUUCCUGUUUCUGAGAACCUUCCAGCUUCGUCAUAACUGAUGCCACAUGGGCUAACCGACGGAAGUCCCGUAGAUAUAAAGACUUCGCUGUUGGCGUGGAUUUAUUUUCUUUCGAAACGCAUUCUGUGAUAAUUUUAAAAUAUAUUUUGAACUGGAAGAAAGAUGUCAGAGCUAUUUGCAAAACUUGCAUUUUACCCAACCCUUUUGUACACGAUUACUAUGUCAAAGUUCAGAGGUCGUCCGUGGUACACAAGAAUUGAUGACACCGUAAUCCUUGGAGCUUUACCCCUGAAGCAUAUUGCCAGACAGUUGAUAGAGGAUGAAAAUGUGAAGGGGUUGGUCACUAUGAACCAAAAACAUGAAACAAAGCAGCUUAUUUAUACCACGGAGGAAUGGCAGAAAUUAGGUGUGCAACAGCUGUGGACCAGUGUUGUGGACUUUGUUGGGACACCUGACUCCACACAGCUCCAGCAAGCACUAGACUUCAUACAGUAUCACAAAGAGCGUGGGAACAGUGUGUAUGUCCACUGCAAGGCAGGCAGGACAAGAAGUACCACCGUGGUGGCUUGCUACCUUAUACAGACCAAUCAUUGGAGUCCAGAAAAAGCCGUUGCCUUUAUUAAGAUGAGGAGACCACAUAUUGUAUUGAUGAACGUGCACUGGAAGUGUAUACAGCAGUUUUACGAUAGGAGUAGAUGAAGGGAUUCUUAACUCAGACGUGUUUGGUGGCGGAAGCUUGGGUAACUCCUGCAACCAUCUGUAUUAAAACAAAAGUAGCCCAUCUCUGACUUACAGGUAAAUGAUGCAACGCGUAAAGUGUAAUGGUGGCACAAGUCAGAUAUGCAUCAAUAGAUGUAAGACUACAGCAUGGAGAAUGUGGUAAUCCUCAAGUCCCACCCGUAAACGGUGUAAAUUUUAAUACGUGUACUUCCGUUAGGGUUUUAUUCUGACUAAUCAUGUAAAUGCUUAAAAAUUAGCUGCACCCUUUCUGAACACGACAAGUUAGGGAAAAUUGUGUAUUAAUAUCAAUUUAUUUGACGUUACUGGGCUAGAAGCACUAAAAAACAUCUGGACUCGAAUUUUAGCUUCAAUUUGUAUCUAGAAAGGUGUAUGUACUGACAGGAAAUGAUACAAUGAUCGCUUUUGACAUGUUGUCGGGUGAAUGUUUGCUGUUUUCAGUGAUGUGGAAUAGUUGAAAAGUGAUAUCAAGAAUGUUGGUCGACAUAUACAUGUUCCGGUAUAAGUGUGCCUUAUAGGUUAUGGUAUGGAAACACUGGUUUCGUCUUCAAGGUACUAUCGAUAUUUGUUGGUUAUAAGGCAAUGGUUUUUCAAUGCGUGUCUCGAUCAAGAAGGUAUUUGUACUGUUUCACUCUAAGAUGGAUGGUCAUUGAGCGAAAGCUUUCAGUGUAAUGAUAAAACCAAUGUUUCUCCUUUUUCAGAUGCAUGUACUAUGGAUCUGGAGCGUGAAAAAGUUUAUAGUAAUACGUAAAACAAAAGAAAAAUUGAAAUAUGAAAUAAAUACAAACAGUAAAGUUUGCAUCGGUAUACAAUGUGUGUUUGCCAUGAUGUGAAUAUCCAAGUGUUGUGGAUGACAUGUCCAACAGACGAAGUAUAAACGAAUCAAGGGUAAAGAUCCAACUGAUUUAGAAUAACUAUCCAAAUCAUUCGUGACACAGAUCCAGUCCUUGAUAGCCUCCGUGGCCAGAUGGUUUGUGUGCUAGUGCAGCCAAAUGGCCCAGGAGCCCCUCACCAAUACGGUCAUUGUGAUUUCGUUCAGCUAAUGCUGUGGUGAUCGUACGUGGGAAGGUUUUCAGCAACAUGCAGAUGAUCGUGGGUUCCCUUCCACAUUAAUGCUGGCCGCCGUUGUAUAAGUGAAAUAUUUUUGAUU